AUGUCACAAGAUGGCAACGAAGGCUCGCAACAGCCCAAACUGGAACAGGAUCAGCUGCCAGUACACUUUCACCCGGUGCAGGCCGACCAGCGGUCACCCAAGGGUACUGCUACCUUUGAUCAGGCCCAACUAAGCCCCGCCGCCGCCGAUCGAGUAUACCCCAUCCGUUCCGUCGUCUCGGUUGACCACAAUCCCACCCCGGGUACCGGCAAGUCAGAGCGAGCCGAAAGCUAUUUCCAGAGCAUGUCCUAUGGACGGCGGACUUCAAUCACUGCGUCUCACAGUGAGGCGGCAGCCAUGCAGAGGCAGGGCAGUGCCGAGCGCAAAGCUUCGUCCUUCUCAUCCAAGGCGUCGUCUCAAGGGAAUGCCCUGGCACAACGACAGACUUCCACUUCGACUGGGCCCGGCUCGCAGCCACAGACUCCAGGUGUCACGUCACACCAGCAAUUAUUCUCCGACAUGAUGCAAGAGACAGGCAGCGUGGGAAGUGGCAGAAGUAGUCGCCCAGACACACCAGAUGWACGCCUGCGACGCGGCGCCGGAUCUUCAAUCAAAAGCGGUAGCACUGGCAUGGAUGACAACAAUCCAUUGGUAACUGCUCGGUUCAAACAUGUUGUACAAGAGGGUGGACAUGCCAUUAUAACAGGACGAGAUGGCGACACGUUACAGCGCUGUGAGGAUGAGCCUAUUCACAUUCCGGGCGCUGUGCAGGGGUUUGGACUUUUGAUAGCGUUGGAAGAGCAACAAGAGGGGAAAUUACUCGUUCGUGUAGUGAGCGAGAACUGCAAGCGAAUGAUGGGAUACUCCGCCAAGCAACUCUUUGCAUUGGAGAGCUUUACCGAUAUACUCUCCGAAGAACAAGCCGACAACCUGCUGGACCACGUCGACUUCAUCCGAGACGAAGAAGCGGAUGUUGUGGUUAAUGGGCCGGAGGUCUUCACAAUGUCCAUACGCACGCCGCAGCGGAAGAGCCAAAAGUUCUGGUGUGCCAUGCACAUCAACGACCGGAAUCCAAAUCUUGUCAUCUGUGAGUUCGAGCUCGAAGACGAUCCGGUCAAUCCUCUGGUGCCUUCAGAUAGCCAGACCCCGCAACCCCCCGAGGAUACUCUUGACAGUCAACCGACGGAGGAGGAGCUUUUCGAAAGCACACAAAACACCAGCAGACCCCUGCGAGUCUUGCGUAGUGCACGCAAGCGGAAGGGUGAAGCUGCGGCCAUGGAAGUGUUCAACAUCAUGUCACAAGUUCAAGAGCAACUGGCCGCAGCCCCGAACCUUGAACAAUUUCUCAAGAUUCUAGUUGGCGUUGUCAAAGAGCUCACAGGCUUCCACCGGGUGAUGGUAUACCAAUUUGACCAGAAUUGGAACGGCAGGGUCGUCACAGAGCUGAUUGAUCCGCGAGCCACCAAGGAUCUCUACAAAGGACUCAACUUUCCCGCGUCGGAUAUCCCCAAGCAAGCUCGAGAUCUGUACAAGAUUAACAAAGUUCGAAUGCUUUACGACAGAGACCAGGAGACUGCACGGCUCGUAUGUCGGACCGUGGAAGACUUGGAAACUCCUCUAGACUUGACAUACUCCUACCUCCGAGCGAUGUCGCCUAUUCAUAUCAAGUAUCUAGGAAACAUGGCUGUUCGCUCCUCCAUGUCCAUUUCCAUCAACGCGUUUGAGGAACUGUGGGGUUUGAUCGCGUGCCACUCGUAUGGGCAAAAGGGAAUGCGGGUGUCCUUUCCAAUAAGAAAGAUGUGUCGGCUGGUAGGAGACUCCGCUUCACGAAACAUCGAGCGCUUGUCGUAUGCUUCGCGACUCCAAGCGCGAAAGUUGAUCAACACUGUUCCAACCCAGGCGAACCCUUCAGGCUACAUCAUUGCUUCUUCCGAGGACCUGCUGAAGCUUUUCGACGCCGACUUUGGACUGCUGUCAAUACGAGACGAGACCAAAAUCAUGGGUGAAAUGGAGCAAUCACAAGAAGCACUGGCAAUGCUAGAGUACUUGCGAAUGCGAUGCAUAACGAAUGUGAUGACUUCGCAGGACAUCUCUGCCGACUUCCCCGACCUCCGCUAUCAACCCGGCUUCAGCGAGAUUGCCGGCCUAUUGCUUGUUCCCCUCUCUGCUGGCGGACAAGAUUUUAUAGUGUUCUUCCGCAAAGGUCAGCUGCGAGAAGUGAAGUGGGCAGGGAAUCCGUAUGAAAAGUUUGUAAAGCAGGGCACAGAGGGUUAUCUCGAGCCUCGGAAAAGCUUCAAGACGUGGAGCGAAACGGUCGUGGGCAAAUGCCGGGAGUGGUCGGAGGAGGAGAUUGAAACUGCGGCUGUCCUGUGCUUGGUCUACGGCAAAUUCAUCGACGUAUGGAGGCAGAAGGAGGCCGCGCUGCAGAACAGCCAGCUCACACGACUGCUACUGGCAAACUCUGCACAUGAAGUGAGGACGCCUUUGAACGCCAUAAUCAAUUAUCUUGAGAUUGCAUUGGAAGGAUCGCUGGACCAAGAGACCCGCGAUAAUCUUUGCAAGUCACAUUCAGCCUCGAAAUCGCUGAUAUACGUCAUCAACGAUCUGCUGGAUCUCACCAAGACGGAGGAAGGGGGCGAUCUGGUCAAAGAUGAGGUCUUUGAUCUCAGCGCCACUCUAUACGAAGCAACAGACAUGUUCAAAGGCGAUGCAAGACGGAAAAACAUCUCAUACCAAGUCUCUGAUCUUUCAGGUCUUCCAUGCCAAGUCAUCGGAGAUCAACGGAGAGUACGACAAGCGAUCAGCAAUGUCACCGCGAAUGCGAUUCAGAACACCACUGAGGGCGGUGUGACUGUAGAGAUGUACUUGGCGUCUCAGGAGUCCAACCGAGUUGAUGUUGAAAUUAGCAUAGCCGACACUGGCAGCGGAAUCAGCACAAAACACCUCGACCAAUUGUUCCGCGAACUUGAGCAAGUCCAAACAGAGCAGGAAAACCAAGCUGCGGAAAUAAGCGAUGCUGUUUCCGACGUGCCAGAGUCCGCGAAAAAGCCUGACGGGCGAGUACUUGGUCUCGGGCUGGCUGUCGUUGCUCGAAUCGUACGCAACAUGAACGGCCAACUCAGGUUGAAGUCCGAAGAAGGCAAAGGUACUCGCUUCGUGAUCCAAUUCCCAUUCGACAUUCCGGAACAGCAGACGAUAGAGGCUGGAAGUCCUGCAGGGUCCACGACCCCCUUGGUUGAAGCCCAAACUACCAAGUCCUCCACCCCACCGGCGAUUGAAGGCAUGGUGACGCUAAUCGAGCGUGGAAGUGCUGGGACACGACGCAAUUCGAGCGGGUCGAGAACAUCGGUGGGCAUCAGGCGAAAGAAUAGUGAUGGAAGCGUUGGCACCAGACAAAGUAUUGCUGACAGCAUAAAAUCAAGCCGAAGCGUCAUGAGCAAGUCCUCGAAUAGAAGUGGGCAGAGCGAGGCUGACCGACUGAUUGAGGCCAUCUCGGAGCCUCACAAAGUUGAGGGCUGGCAGGAAACUGGCGUGAAGCGGUCCAAUAGCCGUGGUGGUGCUCUCUCAGCUCGUCCUGUACUUAGCAAGCGGCACAGCACUAGUGGCAGUCCACACUCACCUUCAGCCAAAGGCCGUACUAGGAGCAGCGAGAUCGCAACUGUGGAGGAACGAGUUCGACCAGGUACAUCAAUACCUGGCCAAAGCAGUGUGGUUGGGCAAGGGAGACCGGUCCGAUCGAUUCGAGUUUUGGACGACGACGGUGCUCCCAUGUUUCCGAAUGUUAACCGUCCACUGUCCGGGCCUCCUUCUUUUGAUCUAAGUCACAAAGCCGGGCUUCAAGCCCGUGCUGAGUUGGAAGAGGUCGAGCCGUCCUCCGCGCCUGUGCUAGACGCGGAACACAUGCGUGUGCUUGUAGCGGAGGACGAUCCUGUCAAUAGCCGUAUCAUCAAGAAGCGGCUUGAAAAGCUGGGCCACGAAGUAUACUUGACCGUCAAUGGAGAAGAGUGCGCGGAUGUGUACGGCGACAAGGCGGGAUUUUUUGAUAUCGUUCUGAUGGACAUGCAGAUGCCCAUCGUGGACGGUCUCACCUCUGCGAAAAUGAUCCGAUCGUUCGAAAAGUCGCAUCCACAUCAGCUCCUCUCCUCCCGCGCUGCGCUCAAUGGCCGGACACCAAUCAUUGCGGUGUCGGCCUCACUUCUAGAGCGAGAGCGCGGCAAAUACAUUGAUGCUGGAUUUGACGGCUGGAUAUUGAAACCGAUUGCUUUCAACCGUCUUUCGGUCAUUAUGGAAGGCAUUGUAGAUAAGCAAGCUCGCAAGGAGAAUCUCUACAGCGCAGGUACAUGGGAGCGGGGCGGAUGGUUUGAUGAAGGUCAGAAAGAUAUCUGGGCGGCCAACACGCGACCGAACGAACAGCCGCCACAGAGUGCACCCUCCGAGGGUGUCAAGAUCGCUGCAGCGUCGGAUGGACCCGCGGUGAAGGAAGAAGACGAUAGCGUACAAAGUCAGGAACAGAAACGUCUUCUGAAGUUGCAGGAAGAGGGCAAGAAUGUCCUGGAAAGCCAACAACCGACUACGAACAAGGACUCCACUCACCCUGAAAGCACGGAAAACGACAAAACUGCGGAUGACGAAUCCUCACGGGAGGAUAGUUUCCGUGAUGACACGAAGGCGGAUCAAAAACCCGGGAGCUGA